UUCGUGGUUCACAACUCCUUCUCUUCUUUCCGAUGAUGGCAACUCAUCUGCUAAGGCUUUCUCUCUCUCCGCAACCGAAGCUCUGCUUCGUUUCCACAGCCAAUCACGAUGUCCACUUCGUUUCUCUGCUUCCGCCAAAACGACGUCGCAACCGCAACCGCCACCGCCGGGAAAAGUUUUGGCCAAAUUUCGUCGUUUCAAACUGCUUUGGAACUGAGAUUAGCUCACCGGAAUCAGAUCUUCUUCAAGUCCGGGAACAGAAUAAAGACUCGCCGGUUCUACUCGAUGUCACCGGAAUGAUGUGCGGCGCGUGCGUCUCCCGAGUCAAACACAUCUUGUCCGCUGACGACCGAGUCGACUCGGCCGUGGUCAACAUGUUGACCGAGACAGCCGCCGUUAAGUUGAGACGGAACGAGGAGGAACCGGCGAGCGUCGCGGAAAGCCUUGCUCGGAGAUUGAGCGAUUGCGGGUUUCCGACAAAGAGGAGGGCGUCGGGUUUGGGAGUGGCAGAAAAUGUGAGGAAGUGGAAGGAGUUGGUGAAGAAGAAGGAGGAACUAGUCGCCAAGAGUCGAAACCGCGUCGCUUUCGCUUGGACUUUGGUGGCAUUGUGCUGUGGAUCUCAUGCUUCGCAUAUUUUUCACUCUUUGGGGAUUCACAUUGGUCAUGGACCGCUUUGGAAAAUACUUCAUAAUUCAUACGUGAAAGGUGGGUUAUCUUUGGGCGCUCUAUUGGGACCGGGACGAGAGUUACUCUUUGAUGGGCUGAACGCAUUUAAGAAGGGAUCGCCAAAUAUGAACUCUCUUGUGGGAUUUGGUUCCAUAGCUGCUUUCAUCAUCAGUUCGAUCUCACUACUUAACCCUGGGCUGGCAUGGGAUGCAUCAUUCUUUGAUGAACCGGUCAUGCUUCUUGGUUUCGUGCUUCUUGGACGUUCUCUGGAGGAAAAGGCGAGGAUUCAGGCAUCUAGUGAUAUGAAUGAACUUCUUUCACUGAUAUCUACGCAGUCAAGACUUGUGAUUACUUCGUCAGAAGGUUCACCAUCUACUGACAGUGUGCUUUGCUCUGAUGCAAUUUGUGUUGAAGUCCCAACUGAUGAUAUUCGAGUUGGUGACUCAGUGUUGGUGUUGCCUGGAGAAACUAUUCCUAUAGAUGGAAGGGUCAUUUCCGGAAGAAGCGUUGUGGAUGAAUCCAUGCUUACAGGAGAAUCACUUCCUGUGUUUAAGGAGGAAGGCCUCCCAGUUUCAGCAGGAACUAUAAAUUGGGAUGGUCCUUUAAGGAUUGAAGCUUCUUCAACUGGCUCCAACACAAUGAUAUCCAAGAUUGUACGCAUGGUUGAGGAUGCUCAAUCACGUGAAGCACCUGUACAAAGGCUUGCAGAUUCAAUAGCGGGGCCAUUUGUAUACAGUGUAAUGACUCUGUCAGCGGCAACAUUUGCAUUCUGGUAUUUUAUUGGAUCACACAUAUUUCCUGAUGUUUUGCUCAAUGAUAUUGCGGGCCCAGAAGGAGAUCCUUUGCUUUUGAGCUUAAAACUCUCUGUAGAUGUUUUGGUUGUUUCUUGUCCUUGUGCUCUGGGUCUUGCCACACCCACAGCGAUCCUGGUUGGCACAUCACUUGGGGCAAGGAAAGGACUUCUUAUUAGAGGAGGGGAUGUGCUGGAACGCUUGGCAAGUAUAAAUUAUAUUGCUCUAGACAAGACAGGAACCCUCACCAGAGGUAAACCAGUUGUGUCUGCCAUAGGCUCUAUUGAUUAUAGACAGUCAGAAAUUCUUCAGAUUGCUGCUGCCGUUGAGAAAACAGCAUCUCAUCCAAUAGCAAAGGCUAUUGUCAAUAAAGCUGAGUCGUUGGAGCUGGUCCUUCCAGUAACAAAAAGGCAGUUAGUUGAACCAGGUUUUGGAACCAUGGCAGAAAUAGAUGGGCGUUUGGUUGCAGUUGGAUCUUUAGAAUGGGUUCAUGAACGCUUCCACACAAAAAUGAGCCCAUCUGAUUUGAUGAAUCUGGAACAAAAUUUGAUGAAUCAUUCGUCGAAUACAACAUCUUCAAAGUAUUCAAAAACUGUUGUCUAUGUUGGACGUGAAGGAGAAGGCAUCAUGGGUGCUAUUUCCAUAUCUGACAUUGUGCGCGAUGAUGCUCAAUCUACUGUAAUGAGGCUCAAGCAGAAGGGGAUUAAAAUGGCCCUCUUAUCCGGAGACAGGGAAGAAGCAGUUGCAACAAUAGCAAAAACAGUUGGAAUUGAAAGUGAUUUUGUCAAAGCAUCUUUGUCUCCACAGCAGAAAUCUGGAUUUAUUUCAUCUCUGAAAGCUGCUGGAUAUAAUGUUGCGAUGGUAGGUGAUGGGAUAAAUGAUGCACCCUCUUUGGCUGUAGCGGAUGUUGGGAUUGCUCUGCAGAAUGAAGCACAAGAGAAUGCUGCCUCGGAUGCAGCAUCCAUUAUACUUCUGGGGAACAAAAUUUCACAAGUUGUCGAUGCACUAGACCUUGCACAGACAACAAUGGCAAAAGUGUACCAAAAUUUGUCUUGGGCAGUAGCCUACAAUGCUGUUGCCAUUCCCAUUGCUGCUGGCGUGUUACUUCCCCAAUUCGACUUUGCUAUGACACCUUCACUUUCAGGAGGACUGAUGGCUCUGAGCUCCAUCUUCGUGGUUGGCAACUCACUGCUUCUACAGCUUCAUGGGUCUCAGACCUCCACAAAGGGCUCACUCUAAUAUCAUAUUAAACAUAUCUUCCAUCCAUUCGAACAUGGAUAUAUUUAAUGCAAAAUAUGCAUCGGAGGUGGUGACCCUUAUCAUGACAGUAUGAGUACAAGUUCGGCAUUUAUUAAAUAAUCAUAAUCAGAAUUGUAACCAACAAGCUCCUGUUUUGUUUUGCUGUUUGUUCAACAAAAAUAUAUAAAUAAAAAUAAGGAAGUGUAUAGUUGUGUUGUAUAUCUCAAGUGCGCUCAACCGUGCGAAGGCUCAUGAAGUGCAGGAAUGGAAGUGUGGCCUCUUGCAAAAUGCAAAAUACAGGCUUGUGUCACGGCCUGCACUGAAGACUGCAGCAGAGAUGUUUUUGCUUAUUUAUUAGUUUAUUACUACCACUCGGCCUUGAACAGUGUGCCUUGUCUUCAAAGCUAGGCUAGUAGGCUCCCUGUGUUGGCAGGCUUUUUUUGUUUUGAUGUUCAUGUUUAGGACUUUCUAUUUAGUCAAAUAUUUGUGAAAUUAUUGAGAUUAAUAAUAAGAGCUUUCGCAGUUUGAAGGAGGCAUUCAUUGUAAAAUAAAAUAAAAUGAACAUUCCUGUGAAAUGUUAAA